GCGGAGAAACGUCUGAAUGCGUUGGGAAAAAUUCCUGCGAAUGUGGAAAAGAUGGAAGAGCAGCUCCGUGAACAGCGUGAUCUCGAUUUGGAAGUCUACGAGAAGGGCGAAGAAGUCGAUAGAGUUCUUGCUAUCGUGCCCAUGCUUUGUGCUGUGGUUAGUGUCGAGGACGCGAAUAGCCUCGAAGCACAAGCGAAUCAGAUUGGUAGCCGAUACGAGAAUCUUGCGCAUCGUGUGAGACUCACUAAGGAUCUGCUGAAUGAAAUGGCUGACACCGUCAAUGAUUUGUUCGCGGAUGUCGACGGUUUAGAAUUAUGGCUUACUGAAAUGGAACAAAGAAUGGAGACAAUUAGCGAAAUAGCGAUAGCACCUGAUGAUUUGAAUGAGCAGAGCAACAUAGUUGGGGAUCUCGUCACUGCCGUCACUGAACGCGAUGAGCAAAUCUCCGCUGUCCUUGGAGUUGGUCGACAACUAUGUAUGCAGGCAUCGGGUGAUGAAGCUAUAGCACUCCAGUAUCGAGUAGAACAAGUGAAGAAAAGAUAUGCGGACAUAAUGCAAGUAGCCGACGAGAAACUAGCAUUGUUGGCAAAGGCAAUUCCACUUUCUGAACGGUUCCAUGAAGGUUUCGAAGCAGUUAUGGAAUGGGUAGAAGCAGUCGAAGAGGACUUGGUACAGAUUGAUAGCACUGAUUUGGAAACUCAGACGCAGCUGGUAUUUACGAUGGAAGAAGGAGUUAGCCAUUGGCGUCCUGAAGUGGAUGAUUUGGUAGCGGUAUCAUCUCAACUGCAGGCUUUGAGCAGUCCCGAUCAAGCGGAGGAGUUAUUCCAAAGCACAACUGAAAUGAAUCGCCGAGUAAAUCAAAUAGCUGAAAAGGUGGCUCGUCGCGCUGAACGCCUGGAUGUGGCUGAUCGUCAGAGCCGUGCAGUUUUCGACGAAUUGAAUUUCCUUCUGGAGUGGUUCGCUGACGCUCGCGACCGUGUCGCAGCCGCUGGUCCACCAUCCAUUGAUCCUGAAUUUGCUCGGACCCAGUUACGAAAUCAGCUGGUCAUGAAUGACGAUGUCACUUUGAACAAGACUCGCCUUCGCGAGGUUACCGUAGACAUAAAGAAAAUCUGUCGUGAGCUAAGCGGUGAUGGAGGAGAGGCGAUUACAGCCUUGACGGAGCAGUGUGAUCAAGCCAAAGAUUUGGUAGAUGAAGUCACCAAGCUAUGUAUGGAUCGCACAGAAGUGCUCGAGAGAGCUUUGGCACUGUCUCAGCACUUGGCCAUCGAAUUUGAUCGCCUUAGUACGUGGCUCGAUCAAGUUGAUGACGAGCUGCGCUCAGCUCCUGAACUCACAACAGUCACGCCGUUGCCUCAGCUAAGGCAACAACGAGAGCACAAUGCUGUUAGUCAAUUCUCGUCAGUUAAUCAUGGAGUCAUGUCUUGGUUAUAG